AUGGGGUGCAUUGAUGGGACCCAUAUUCCUAUUCAAAGACCACAUGUCGAGUCUCAGGACUAUUUUAAUUACCAUAGGCUCUUCUCGCUGAGUGUUGAAGCAGUGUGUGAUGCCAAGGGUUUGUUCAUGGAUGAAGAGUGCAGAUGGCCUGUUAGUGUGCAUGAUGCAAAAGUAUUUUCAAAUUCUUUUUUUGGCAAAAAGCUACAUUCAGGACAACUACCACAGACCUUCAACAACCUACUCCCUGGUCAUAAUAAGAUUCCUAAUUAUGUCAUCGGUGACUCUGCUUAUCCUUUACUACCAUACUGCAUCAAGGAAUUUCAGUCUUGCAAAAGUGAUGUUGAAAUGAUUUUCAAUAAUUUAUUAAAGUGUUCUCGAAAUCCAAUUGAAUGUCCUUUCGGACGAACUAAAGCCCGUUGGUCCAUUUUAUCAAGAACAAUGGAGCUGAAGCUCACUACAGAACCUAAUGUUGUUUUGGCAUGUUUUGUACUCCACGAUUUCUGUAAACUUUAUCAUGAUGAAAUUGAUGCAGAGCUUGUAAGAUAUCGAAUGGCAGAAAAUAUUACUAAUAAAAAUAUGUACAUAAAUGCUCCAGAUCUAGUCUAUUCUGACAACACAGGGGAUGGAGAAGCCAUAAGAAAUACUCUUACAAAAUAUAUACAAGUACAAUUGCCUCAUAAAUAUUGA